AUAACAUCCUUUCUCUUCAGUUUAAACGGAAGUGAACAGUGACCAAGAACAAUUUCCACGUUAGCGUUUUUGUUGUUAUUUAGACGUUAAUUAACAACAUGGGACGAACAAAUAUGACAAAUUUAGCUGCACAGCAUCACAUGUAGUCUUUAAUUCGCGUUGGAGACAGGACUUGGUUGAUAGAUGUUAUUUAGGUGACGCUGAACUAACAAUGGCUAACUGUAUGGUUUUUCACACUCAAAUAGCCUCCAUCAUGGAAGUGCUAGCAAAUUCAGCCGUGGCAGAGAUCUGUAAACUCGUAGACGACGACUAUGCAGUGUUUCGUUUGGAAAUUUCUCAAAGCCAGAAAGAAAACAGGGGAUUGCGUAGGAAACUACAGCUACUUGAACUGAAGGUAGCAAGGGAGCGCGCAGACAGGACAAUUCGAGAUCGCAUCCUCGCUAGUCGUCCCAGUAAUGUCAAGAUCCUAGACCGAUACAGAGGAAUGGAAAAAGGUGAAGGAGAUCUCACUGGAGGCCACAGGAGCUUUGUGAAGGCAGCAGUACAAAAUACAUGGAGAGAUGACCAACCAAUCACUGUUGAUGAGGGGAGCGGAACCUCGAGCCAGCACGUUAUCGUGAUAGAGUCUGCAGAGGCUGCAGGUCCUGGGGUCAAGCAGGAGAGGUCUGAAGGAGAGGAGGACCCACGUCACAGCAGAAACAUCCAGGUGGAAGCAGCAACUGAAGUGGCGCCCCCUGUAGUCACGGAGGACCCCACCACCGCUCCAGCGCAGCCCAGGAUCAAACACAGCAUCACGGAGGAGGAGGAGGGUCCAGAGGUGCUCCUGGUGAAGGAGGAGGGGUGUGAGGAGGGUCUGGGGAACCCUGAGUGGACCAUGGUCAUGGAGGACAACCAGACUACACCUGAACCAACAGAGGAACCAGCUGAGCAGCACAGGACCACACACAGUCUCACUGAGUCAGUAGACAUGGAGGAUGGGAAGCCUGAUCUGUUGAUAGUCAAAGAGGAGGCAAUAGAAGAUGGACCAGAGAACAUUGACCUGCUGAGUGGACUAAAGAUGGGGGAGCAAGGUGGUUGGCUGGAGGCAAACAGAGGAGACUGGGGAGCCGUCUUGGAUUCCCAGACCCAGACCGGUGCAGCCAAGGGCCCGGGGGACGACAUCACUGAGCAGGCCAGGACCAGAGGUGACAUAGUGGAGGUAGGCUGGAACAUCCCACCACCGAAUGUGUAGCCCCCAUCUGGGUGAUGCAUCGGCAGCAGUAAGUGCCUGGAGGCCACCACACCUGGGCAGUAAUCAGCAACAGUCUCCUACUAGACGAGCCUCUGUCAUCCCCUCACACCACAAUCCACAUCUUUCUAUGUAGUACUUGUUUGUUUUGUAGUUAAUUAUGUUGAUUUUGGAUGUAUUGUAUGAUUGGACAGAGUAGAUGAUAUGGUGAUGGUUGGUGUGUCUUUAAAAAUGCUUAACUGGUGAAAGGUGGCAACCCUGACCUGUUGUUUGAUGGUAGUGUUUUAAAAUAAGGAAAUUAUAUUGCCUUAAUUCAUGUUUACUUGACAUGGAGUAGUGAAGAUGUGUGUAAUGUUGAACCUUUUCCAAAGUAUUCUAACAUUAAUUUUAUCAGAGCGAGGGUACCAGAUUUACAGAAAAUGGAAAGUGUUACCAUAGUGAGAAAAGUUAUUCUAGUCACAGGUAUUGUUUUGUGCAAUAAAAGUAGGGGAGAGUGGGGUAUUCUGGGCCAUUUUUUACAAUCAGCAUUACUAUGUCGGGGGAAAUAUAGUAUUCUUUCUAACAAAAAUAUCUACAUAUAUUUCUGGAAAUAAUCAGAAUUCAGGUAAACAUUACAGUUUUGAAAACAUAGCUUGUCCAAAAAAGAAAGUGGUCCCUUGGCACAACUUCCCUCAGGUAUGUGGUAAGUUGAGCAUUGGGACAGGGUAAGUUGAACUGCCUUGGGGUAAGUGGGUGAUAGUUUCCUGUGACAGUGGGUGAUGGUGGUCGUGGUGAUGGUGGUUGUGGUGAUGGUGGUUCUAAUUAACGGAAUGGGGUUGGUAUAUUGUAUAUCUUAAAUGUAUACAGUAGAUUUGUCUGUUCAAUAUCACUUACCCUUCCAUUUCUUGACCAGUUGUCUUGGACAGGGAUGUUGUUUCGGUGUGCCAGUUUGCAGGCAUGUUCUCUGCAUUUGAGCAGAGACUACAUCCAUGAAACCGGUCCGCAAGUUUCUUGAUAUGUUUAGCAAGCUCAGACUCCGUGUCAUCAGAUAAGACAUUGGUGCCUCUGCUACUCUAUCAUAGCCUCUCUUUCCCACAGGUCCAUGUUUGUUGUUAUUUUUUUGUCAAUGUACCUCUUCGGUGUCAUUCAGUCUAUUUGUUCAUCUCUUGCUGCCGCUCCAAUGGACUUAUUCCCUUCUCUCACGUCCUUGGGGUUUAGACCCCUGCUUGUUUUCCGUUUGUAUAUACAGGGCAUGAUGAUGUCUGCUCUGUAACAAUAAAAACACAUCUUGAGUUUA